UUGUUCGAGCUGGGAAGAUUAUAUUUUCCCCGCUCUAACCCCGCUGGUCGUUCGACCUCGACCUCGACCUUUCCUUAUCCAUUGCGUCCUCGACGUACCAGCCUACAUCCCCAUUGAACCAUCUUGCACACGAUUCCAACGCGAAAAGUCCCCUCCUUGUCUCUGUUUGCACCUCUCACUCUAUUUGGCCAAUCAACAAGAUGGCGCAGAUAUACACCUUCCCUACGCACCCGCUGCUCGUCUUCUCCGACGACGCCGACGCCUGGCUCGCGGAGAUGAAGGCGGAGAUUGAUAAUCCUCCGGACCGCGGCUACCCUCGCGGCGCGCGCUGGCCCAUCUUUACGGAGUCGCGCCUGGCCGCCAUGACGGACCUGGUCCGAGACCCGAGCAAGGACACGCCCGACGUGGUGGCCCGCCUGGAUCUGAACUCGCAAGAGGGCGGGCGGGUCUGGUACGGCGUCCGAGACGCCAUCCACAAGCUGCCCAACCACCAAGAGAGGCUGCUGGAUCUCGUCGUGGUCGCCCAUCAGCAAACCCCGGGCGACUACAAGCAGCCGCUUGAGUUUCCUGAUAUCUUUGGCCAGUACACGAACUGGAGUCCAUCUGGAGUCGAGAGAAACCUCAAAAAGAAUGCGGCCGAGAGCUUCCUGGCCGAGACCUUCAUGGCGAAGCUGACGGCGCGCGGACUCGCCGGCCCCCAGUCGGACGACGCGAUGAAGCACCUGGCGGCCUGGCGCGACCGGGGCGCGCUCGUGCUGCGUCAAUAUCUGGAGAGCACGCCGUGGGACCCCAAGUCGGCCACGUACGAGUAUGCCGACGACCCGGAAGAGGAGGAGGAGGAGGGGCUCGAGGAUGGUGAAGAGCCCUACAUCGAGAUGUCGAGGUCGGUCCGGAUGCUCGACUACACCGUCCUGUUUGUGCAUCCCUGGAUCGCAAUCUGCGGCGGUGCUUUUUAUGAUGCUUGCGUCGCGGACCCGGCCCCGGUCUUCCCGAGCGACGUGCCGGGGGAGAACAGGGACAACAAUUUCGGGGUAGGAAAGGGGUACUGCAUGGCGCGCUGGGACUUUUGGCGAGACAGGCUGCAGGCUAUUUCGGAGACGGAGGAGCUGAUGCCGGCUACGCGGGACGUUGCGAGGGACUGCGUGGCGAGGAUGAGGGAGGUUGAGAUGGAAAAGGGGAGGAAGGCGUGAGAGAGGGGAGCAUCAUGAAUGGGACGAGCACCUUAAAAGCGUUUGUUAAGUUAUCGGUAUUAUUUAUUAUGUCGAGACGCUUCCCAGUUUCUCCUGAUCUUUCCGCUGCCUCCCAUGUUUGUUUGGAUUUAUGCUGCCCAACAGU